AAACAGCCUUCCUUUCUAACGGUGCAAGUGCUUGUUGAACAAGAAUCUGCCUCUUUUCAGGAAACUAGACACGCGACGAUUGCCCUGAGAAGUCAUCAGCAAGUUUGAAUACGCCGUGGCCGAAAAAGCGUUAGCAUUCAAAAGACGAAAUGGUUUUAACCCAACUUUCGUUGCCCGUGCUUCCUACCCCUCCAUCAUGGUACCCAGGACACAUGAUGAAAUUUACCCGAAUGCUCCCAACAUUACUUACCAGGACAGAUGUGGUUCUGGAACUCCGUGACUCCAGGCUUCCGUUAACUAGCAUCAAUAGAACAUUAGAAGGCUGAGCUAGGAUGACUCACUGUAUCAUUCAUGAAAAUUCACGGCGCCAGGGACUAAUUCUGUUGAGAGUGGGUCUUGUGAGGCCUCAAAUGCAAUGUGGCCUGUGCGAAUGGCCUUGGAGAUUUUCUGUUUCCUUCGCCCUCGGAUCGUGAUCUCAUCUAAAGCUCCUUUCCCUAGGUGCCCUCCGCAAAUGGCGUUCAGAGCGCGGUUACGAUCCUUAUAAUCCUACCCGCAAGCUAUUUGACGCUGGCCCAUGUGAGCGACUGGUCGUUCUGAAUAAACGAGACCUUGUUCCUCAAUGGGGCAUGGAGCCUUUCCGGAGAGCAAUGUUCAACAAGCUCCCAGACCAAGAAGUCGUCUUUGCAUCAUGGCACAAGCCGCGGGAUAUCCGCGACUUGAGCAACAGGCUAGUGAAUAUAGCGAAAAGGUAUCCCUAUGCCACCGAGCUCAAUGUCCUGGUCAUUGGAAUGCCGAAUGUCGGCAAGUCUACCUUGCUGAACGCCCUCAGAAAUCUGGGAAUUCAAGGUCGGACCCCGAAAGCGCUCCGAACUUCUGCUCAACCGGGACUAACUCAGAAUUUGUCUACAAGAUUGAAGCUUUCCGUUGACCCGCUUGUGUAUGCGUUCGAUUCCCCAGGAGUCAUGCUCCCAUUUCUUGGUCAAGGACAAAAAGGCGCCGAAAGGGGAGUAAAACUUGCAUUGAUAGAUCCAGCGUAUUUAACAUUACUACAAGAAGGAACCCCGCCAACCACCGACUUACAUCAGUACUUGAGCGCUUUGGCUAAGCGUAUGGGAAUGAUCAAGCGAGGUGCAGAGCUUGACCUCGCUCGUGCCGCUUCGCACUUCGUGAGAUGGUGGCGUGAAGAAGGUGGUCUUCUUGCCGCUUCCUCAGCUCCGCAAUUAGGUGGACAGUCGCACCUAUCUCAGCUCGACGGUGCCAGCGCUACACAGGGAUGGGGCUUCGAUUUCGAAUGGACAGUGAGCCCAACGGACUCGGAAGACGACCGUGACGGAGCUUCGUUCGUACAACGGAAGAUGGAGGCAUGCAUAGAAAAUUACAUCGUUGAGUCUGAAAAAGAGGAGAGAGAGGAACAAAACAUCAGUAGUACCCAGAGGAAGAAGCAGCUCAACAUAGCAGAAAAGGCAAAGAGAAAAAUGAAACAUUCACGUCGAUAGUUUCUCUCCACACUGGAGAUUAAUUACAUGUAGACACAACGACCCGUCCGAGCCCUACAGAUCAGGAACGUGACCCGGAACUCUGAUCAACUCUCUGUAAAUUGUCGAAUGAUCCAGCUGCAUCGUAACGC